GCCCGACUUGGGUGCUGUUUGAUACAAAUGGAGAAUUACAAACUCAUAUUUCCCUGAAACCCUAAAUCCUAUCCUCAUUCGUCCCCUCCCGCAGCAGCAUGCGGCGGCGGCCGCUGGCCAGCUCGUCUCACCUCUCACGCUGUCCCAGUCUCCCUCAGUCGCUCGGCCUCGCUCUGACCGCGCGCGUCGCGAGCCGAGGGCGCGAAGCCAGCGAGGGCCUGAGGGCACGCCGGGUGCUCCGUCCACUGGUUGCUCUGUCCAGGCCGGCGGAAGACCCAGGGCGGUGCGCUUGAUCUGAUCUGCCAUCUCAACUGUGUCGAUUCUCUCGCUGGUGCAUCAAAGAUGCCGCAGGUAAUGGUGGUGGCGCGGAACUUCAUGGAUAUGGUGGCUGCGCUGCCUGCCUCCAAGCUUGAUAUGCUCUAUGACUCGGCCUUCAUCUGUGAGGCUGUACUCAGGUCACUUCCACCACUGGCGAAGAAAUAUGCACUGCAGAUGCUGUACGUGUUGGCACCCGUGACCGCUGCAGCUAUGGAAGAGUGGGUGCUCAAUGAAUAUGCUGCCAAGCAUAGGGUUUCCAUUGAUAAGCUGCUCCAACUCAGGGUCUUUGUUGAAGUGCGCGAUAGACGAAAGGAGGUGAGCUACAAGAUGAAUCAAAAGUUCCAAGGUAACAUGCAGAAGUAUUUGGUUGACGGUGGAAGUUUACCAAGGGAACCGAUACCGUUAAGUGUCACUGGUAGAUUGCCUGCGUCAGCAGAUCUGGAAGCCUAUGCUCUUGAUCAAUGGGAGUGCUUCUUGUUGCAAUUGAUCAAUUCAUCUCAAGUCGAAAAAGGGACAAGUUUCAGCUCCUCCAUGAUGAAGACAUUUCAGCGUGGCCUUCUGAGUUCAAGGGAUGGUGAAGCUCCAAAGUUGACUGAGAAUGGCUUCCAAUUUCUUCUGAUGGAAACAAAUGCACAACUUUGGUACAUAAUGAGAGAAUACAUUUCCUCUGCAGAGGAACGUGGAGUGGACCCUACGGAGCUGAUAUCAUUUCUCUUGGAACUUAGUUUUCAUAAAUUGGGAGCGCCAUACUUUCUGUUUGCCUUGUUCAUGUUUCAGGCUUAUAGUUUGAACACUCUGACUGAUGUCCAAAGAAUUGCCAUCAGGGAUCUUGCAGAGUUGGGAUUAGUCAAACUGCAUCAGGGUCGAAAGGAUAGCUGGUUCAUUCCUACCCAAUUGGCUACAAAUCUCUCAGCAAGCUUGUCGGAUUCAUCAUCCAGCAAAGAGGGCUUUGUGGUUGUGGAGACAAACUUUAGAAUGUAUGCAUACUCUACUUCCAAAUUGCACUGUGAAAUUCUGCGCCUUUUCUCAAGGGUGGAGUAUCAACUUCCAAACCUCAUUGUGGGAGCUAUUACAAAAGAAAGUAUUUAUGGUGCUUUUGAGAAUGGAAUAACUGCUGAACAGAUAAUUUCAUUUCUCAAGCAAAAUGCUCACCCUCGUGUUGCUGACAAGAUACCUGCUGUCCCGGAGAAUGUCACAGAUCAGAUUAGGCUGUGGGAAAGUGAUCGUAACAGGGUUGAGAUGAUUCCAUCACAUUUAUAUGAAGAUUUUCCUAGCAAGGAAUGGUUUGAACAAUGCUGUGAUCACGCAAGGGAUCAUGGAUACUUGCUCUGGGAGGACUCGAGGAGGAUGAGGUUGAUUGUGCGAGGGGAGUUCCACCCUGAAAUGAGGGAGUUCCUCCGCAGGCAAAGAUGAAAAGGGACCAUGUGUUUGUUCUGGUAUGCACCUUUAUGAUUGAAGGAAAGGGCCAUUUUGGAUAGAACAAGCAAUUUGUGUGCAUAAAGCUCCUCGACGCAAUGACUUCCAUUUAUACUAGUCUGCCAGCAUGGCUCUUGUCUCGUACACAGGCCACAACAGGCCACAACGUGUGCCCCCAAAAGUUUCUAAUCGAAAGAUGGAAAAGAAGAUGCAAUUGCGGCUGCAGAUGGUUGCAUACACUGUAGGCAUAUAAGCUUAGUUUAGAUUACUGAAAGUUCCAUUUGUAGUGAUAUGAUUAACGCGACACUGUGAGUGGGUGACACCCAGGAGUGGUCUCCGUUUGUCUCUUGUCUCUGAUGAGUAUCCUCAGCUGGCGGCUGGUGCUGUAAAAACUGCUAGUUGGUGCUGUAAAACCUCAGAUGAUUCUGAACGAUAAAUAUUCAUUUUUUCGGUUUUCAUU